CUGCCAUGGACGGGCCUGCCGAGCCCAGGAUCCCGGCCCUGUGGGGCACCUACGAGAACAACAUCUCGGAAAUCAGCCAGAAGUUGCCAGGUGAAUACUUCAGGUACAAGGGCAUCCCCUUCCCCGUCGGCCUGUACUCACCCGAGAGCAUCAGCUUGGCGGAGAACACCCCAGAUGUGCGGGACAACGACAUUUUCAUUGUCACCUACCCCAAGUCAGGAACCAAUUGGAUGAUCGAGAUCGUCAGCUUAAUCCUGAAGGACGGAGAUCCCUCCUGGAUCCACUCAGUGCCCAUCUGGGAGCGGGCACCCUGGUGUGAGACCAUCAUGGGUGCCUUCAGCCUCCCAGACCAGUCCAAUCCCCGCCUCAUGAGCUCCCACCUCCCCAUCCAGAUCUUCACUAAGGCCUUCUUCAACUCCAAGGCCAAGGUGAUCUACCUGGGCCGGAACCCCCGCGACGUGGUGGUCUCCCUGUAUCAUUACUCCAAGAUCGCUGGACAGUUGAAGGACCCUGGCACGCCCAACCAGUUCCUGCGGGACUUCCUCAAGGGCGAAGUGCAGUUUGGCUCCUGGUUCGACCACAUUAAGGGCUGGAUUCGGAUGCAGGGCAAAGAGAACUUCCUAUUCAUCACCUACGAGGAGCUGCAUCAGGACCUUCAUGGCUCCGUGCAACGUGUCUGCGAGUUCCUGGGCCGGCCGUUGGGUGAGGAGGCACUGGGCUCCGUGGUGGCACACUCAGCCUUCGGCGCCAUGAAGGCCAACAGCAUGUCCAACUACACGCUGCUGCCCCCCAGCCUGCUGGACCACCGCCAGGGGGCCUUCCUCCGGAAAGGAGUGUGUGGUGACUGGAAGAACCACUUCACGGUGGCGCAGAGCGAAGCCUUCGAUCGUGUCUACCACGAGCAGAUGCAGGGGCUGCCAACCUUCCCCUGGGAUGAGGCCCCAGGAGAUGCCAGCCCAGACCCUAAUCCUAGCCCCGAGCCCAGCCCCAGCCCCAGCCAGGCCUCAGAGCCCCCCAACCCAUGACCCUGAGAAUAAACACAUCGCUCCUGC